AUGUACGAAUCUCUACUUGUAUUCAGCAUUCUGUAUUUGGUGACCUUUUACCAUUCGCUGCCUUUCUUCGGCAGUGUCUCCAUGUCCCUGCUGCACAGCUAUGUGUCCUCGUCGGUCUCCUUCAAUCUGGACACCAUUUACUUGAACUGGAACUCUACCUUUCCGGCCAUUACCGUUUGCGAGAUAUACAAUGCCGAGAGGAUUUGGGACCUGAGUGACUCACAUUUUGGCGUGGAGCAUGAUAUCCACAUUGAUGACUUCAUUUCAGAAAUUGUCUUCUACCGCGGCGUCUGCAGCAGCUGCGAGGAUUGCGCCCGGCUUCGAUGUCCAGCAAACUUUACCAUCCUUGUGGAGGUGUUUCGCACCAAGUGCCAUCAGCUGCUGGUGAACUGCACCUACCUGAAUGAGCUGUUCGACUGCUGCGACGAGUUCCUGCCGGUGCCCACGGAGUAUGGGUUGUGCUACUCCUUCAAUUCGCACCAGGCGCGCAAGGUGGCCCAGGUGCAGUUCACCAACAACCGGGAGACGGGACCCGGACACCUAAAUUUCCAUGCUGCCGCCGACAUUCAGCUGUAUGUCCAUGCACCCAUCGAUGUGCCCUACCAGCUGUCCGAGGGCAUGAUCCGGGAGACAGUGCUGCUGGGACACUACAAGGAGCUGAUUCUGAACGUGAUUGAGGUGCACAACGACGAGAGCGUUCAGGACCUGAGCAUGGAGCAGCGACGCUGCCGGUACGGCCACGAGCAUUUAGCGGAGCGUCAGGGCAUUUACGAGUUCUACAGCUACUCUGGUUGCGUGGUGGAGUGCACCGUCUUGCUGCAGCUGGCCAACUGCAAUUGCACCAGCCAUUUUAUGGCGGUGCCAGGCCAGAAUUCCCUGCCGGCCUGCGAUUACCGCGGCCUCAUCUGUCUCACGCGCAUAAGGGACAAGAUUAUGACGGAGCGAAAGUCCUGUGAGUGCAUGAGCUCCUGCGAGGAGCCCGAGUACAACAUUAUCUACAACUCUCCGGAUGAAGAUGACGAGGCCACCGACGAUGUCUCUAAGAUCCGUGUGGCUCUGGUGGAGUUGCCCACACAGCGCUAUGUUCGCAGGGUGACCAAAACCAUCCUUGAUUUUUUAAUUUCGCUUGGCGGCCUAGUGGGUCUGUUUUUCAACACAUCCGCCCUGCGUAUCGUGGAGGCCAUCGUCCUGUGCAUCCGUUACAGAAAAACCAUUGGGAAUUGGGUCAAGCGAUUCGUUGUUGGCACAGUUAAAUAUUUACAGAUCUUGGACCAGUCGAAAUAAA